UACGCAAAGCGAAACAUCUGAUCCGAAGGUUUGUUUCAUAAAACAUCGGAAAAAUGUGUGAAAACCUACAAAAUUGCUGCCGAAUAUGCUUAGACGUAGAGUCAGAUCGUGUACCCAUAUUUGAAGACCCAACAAUCCAUUUACAAAUCAAAUCUUGUCUCGCUAUCACCAUAUCUACCAGCGACAACCUCCCGAAAGUUAUUUGCAGUUCUUGCGUGUCCCAGUUAAGUGAUUUCUAUAAUUUCCAGUUAAACGCUCGUUGCUCUCAGGACUGGCUAGAGUCUAGCUUGGAAGAACAAGCGAAAAAGUGCGUUGAAGCGAAAGUUCCCAUACAACCUUUACCUGACUCGGAAUACAAUUCAGAUUCGCUAUUAGAGUUCUUAAAUAACACUGCGAACAUAGAAGAGUACUUAAACAAUUUGGGCAAGGAAGACAUACCUUCCAUAGUCAACAUGUUGGACAGGAAUCAGGAAAACUCUAUGGAUGGUACUGACAAAACUACAAAUAGCAUAAAAUCUACUAAAAUACCAAGUCCCAAGAAGAAGGAAACUUUGAAGGCUAAGAACUGUAUUAAAAUGGAAAUAGAUGUCUUAGAUUCAGAUAUAGAAAUUGUGAAAGAAAUUAUAAUGAAAGAAGUAGAACCGAAAAAACCGAAUCAAAGUAAAGAAAAAAACCCUUUCUCAUGUUUUGGCUGCAAACUGAAGUUUGACAAUCUACAGAAACUUUCCAAGCAUAUGAGCAUAUGUGAUACUGCCCUACAUACUUGCAUGCACUGCAAUCUUCAUUUUGAUUCUAGACAGAAGAUGAAGCAGCAUUCUUUAACACAUAAUCCACCCUUGACUUGCAACUGUGGUAAACAAUUUGUUAGUAAUGAAAAGUUGUUAGAACAUAAUAAAACUUGUCAUGUUGGUGGCAAUCCGAUGAUGAACUGUGUAUACCGUUGUAAGCAAUGUAAAGCGACCUUCAAAGAACGGUUCCAACUGUACAAGCAUGCUAAAAACCAUAUUAUGAAGGCCGAUGAGAGGAUAUGUGACAUAUGUGGCCACAGCUUCAUUGGUUUUGAUGCCUUGAAUAAACAUAAAAAAGAAAUGCAUGAGAAAGCCAAAAAUUCACAGUAUAGAUGCAAAAUCUGUUACUAUAAGUCAGCAGAUUGGAAGGAAAUGUACCUUCAUGUUCAAAAUCAUUGCCAGGGGUCAAAGCAGGAAGUAGAUCGCCAUCUUUGUGAAUCCUGCGGCAAAAGCUUCGCGACCAGAGCGACGUUGCAACGACAUAUUCUCCAACAUACUACAGACCAUCGGUGUAAUAUUUGUCAGAAGAUAUUUGCUGAUGUGAAAACAAGAGAUGAACAUGUCCUAGGUCAUAUAGAGAUGACAAUGUGUGAGAAAUGUGGACAAAAUGUGAGUAGCUACAAAUUGGAAGCUCAUUCUUGUAUUUAGGCACAGUCAAAUCUUGAUUCUGGAGUUCAACCUUGAUUUAGGUCUACGUAGGGACUAUUCAUGGCGAUGCAUUGUAGCGGGCGUCACCAAAGCCAUCAUAGAGGUGGACUUUUAUUAUUGGCGGGAACCAAAGACUGAUAGACAAUAAUACUAGCUACAUUGUUCGAGGUUCACACAGUUAUUAUCAUAAUUAAAACACGUCAUACCAGGUUCUUACCACGUUAAACCGCGUUUCAUGAUACCUAAUCUACAAAUCCUGGAUAUCAUGCAGAACCAGAGAGCAUGCCAAAACAAAUCAAACAACCCCGAAUCAGUUAAAAAUGUGGGUUCGGAAACUUCGGAACAAUGAUGUACUUAGAAAAUAUUUUCCCAUGAAAAAACAGGACUAUACUGGUGUGACAACCUGGUGUGACCACGAGUCCGGAGGGGAUUUUUCAUGUAGCCAUAACAUUUUACUGACAGCAGAUUUUUGACUACGGUUUGAUAUUUAUAACUCAGUAUUUAAUGGUCUGUUUCGGUACAUAGGACCAAGUUCCAUACAACUUUAGUCAAUGUCCUUUAACAGUGUAGCUCAUUUGUGUUUUAUCACAUUGUUAAAAAACUUAUGUUUGGUCUCUGAUCUAGGUACUUCAGCUGUGUAUACUUGAGUGUUUACUCGUGAUAAUUUUGAAUUAAAAGACUAAAUAAGAAUUAAACAACCCCGAAUCAGUUAAAAAUGUGGGUUCGGAAACUUCGGAACAAUGAUGUACUUAGAAAAUAUUUUCCCAUGAAAAAACAGGACUAUACUGGUGUGACAACCUGGUGUGACCACGAGUCCGGAGGGGAUUUUUCAUGUAGCCAUAACUUUUUACUGACAGCAGAUUUUUGACUACGGUUUGAUAUUUAUAACUCAGUAUUUAAUGGUCUGUUUCGGUACAUAGGACCAAGUUCCAUACAACUUUAGUCAAUGUCCUUUAACAGUGUAGCUCAUUUGUGUUUUAUCACAUUGUUAAAAAACUUAUGUUUGGUCUCUGAUCUAGGUACUUCAGCUGUGUAUACUUGAGUGUUUACUCGUGAUAAUUUUGAAUUAAAAGACUAAAUAAGAAUUAA